AUGUCACCACGCACCAAGCAUGUGAAUUCUGAGCCCCCUAAGCUGGGGGUUCAAAAAGCUGCCGUGCUAGCUGGAGGAUUCCUCUCAGGCGCCAUGAUGAACAUCGCGAUGAUAUCCGUUCCGGUCUUCAUGGACACCAACAAAACUGCCACUCACAUGGUCGCGCAAUGGUCUCGCACUUACGACUACGGCCACAUCAUCUUGCCGGGUAUAUGCAUAGGGACAUGCGGGCUGUACGUCUUCUCGGCACUUCGCAGCCAGAAGAACUGGCGGCGCUAUGCGAUUGCAGGCCUCACUACUCUGUCACUCGUCCCGUUUACAUGGAUCGUGAUGACUCCGACCAACAACACGCUGUUCGCACUCGAGGCCGGCGGGAACGUUUCGGACAUGGAGCUGGUGCAGGGGCUGAUAGUUAGGUGGUCGCUUAUGCAUGCUGUACGAUCUCUUCUCCCCUUGAUCGGGUCAAUUGUGGGGUUUUCGGGUAUCAUGUUAGAUAGUUAA